AGCAGAUUCGCGACUGGCGACUGUCUGACUCGUUCUUGCUUGGCUUUGUGCACUACACCAUAUACCCUCGCGCGGACCAUGCACCUCUCUCUCUUCAGGUCGGUCGAAACACGAUCAGUCGUGAGUCAGGAUUCAAGACGGAAGGCAUAGAGUCACGUGGAUGCUACUGUGACUGCACCAAGGGAGGGCUAUUAGUAGCGCCCUGCUCAGCAUUCAAUUCACUCAUGAUCAGAAGUUCGUUCUUGAACUGGCAGCAACACACCGUAUGCCGCUCGGUCCAUUCUUGAUUUCUGUGCUCGUCCCUUUGGCCUUCUAGACUUCACCUCAUCCGAAUCGCAGUCGCAGUCGCAGUCGCGCAAGCUCAAACUCAAGCUCAAGCUCAAGCUCGCCAGCAAGCGAGCAAGCAUAGCUUACCUUGAUUAAUUCGACUGUGCUCAAGCAUGAGCAAACACGCAUCCACCUCGGCCGCCGCCUCGUUCGAUCAUUCGUCCGUAGCGUCGAGCGCAACGGCCACGCAGCUCGUCGAAGCUCUGCAAAAGCACGCGAGCAAGACUGCCAAGCCAUUGGUGCACGGAUCAGCCUACAGCAUCCCCCUACAACAUAAUCGCCCACACCCAGACUCGAACACGAAAGCAUCCACGCCACGCACGUCAGAAUGCAUCUUGACGAGCUGGAAAGUGAGCGAAUUUGCAUAUCGCAAGGUGGAAGUGGUCAGUUUGGAGGAGGAUGCGGAUAUCCCUACGCUUGCUAGAGGUCUCUUUACUGCUGCUGCGGAUAUGGAAUCGGAAGGGAAAGGCGAGACGAAAAGAGAGAGAAUAGUGGCGAGAGGCUACGACAAAUUCUUCAAUGUCGAUGAGAUGCGAUGGACAAAGCGUCCCUCGCUAGAAGCGCACAGCACAGCACCCUAUCUGCUCACGUUCAAGGAAAACGGCUGCAUCAUUCUCAUCUCUGCGCUGACACCCGAUCAGCUGGUAGUCUGCUCCAAGCAUUCCGUAGGCGAUCGAGAUAAUGUGGAAUUGAGCCAUGCCAAAGCUGGAGAAGCGUGGGUGGAUAGGCAUUUGGAAAGGGUGGGCAGAAAGAGGCAAGAGCUGGCGAAAGAGUUGUGGGAUAGACGCUGCACUGCCGUGGCCGAGCUGUGCGACGACUCGUUCGAGGAGCACGUGUUGGCGUAUGCUCCGUCGAGGACAGGGCUGCACCUGCACGGUCUCAACCACAACACUGUCCACUUCUCUACAGAACCCAUGGACGUCGUUGCAUCUUUUGCGCAAGCCUGGGGAUUCAUUCCUCCCCGAUGGAAGACUUUUCACUCCUUGAAGACGCUGUUCGCCUUUACGGAUCAGGUGUCAGAGACGGGUUCGUGGGAGGGAGAGGCUAUAGAGGGAUUCGUAGUGCGCACUAGCAUGCCACUUGCGACGCACAGGAGUAUCACCACCACCACCACCACCACCACCACUCCCCCCAGCGCGUUGCCGACGAUCCUUUCCAAACCGCCGUACAAUCCGGGUCAGGCUUGGUUCUUCAAGAUCAAGUUUGAAGAGCCUUAUUUGAUGUAUAGGGACUGGAGAGAGCUCACUAGAACGAUGAUCAGAUCUCAGAAAAAGUGGGCGCAGGAGAACAAGUUCGACCUGGACGAUGCGCUUAGUGGGAAGUGGAAGGACCUGCAUGUUGAGGCUGCUGAAGAUGCUUCUGAAAUACUCGAAGAAGUUGGGCCUAAGCAGCAAGAUGAGGUGGAUGAUGCUGAGCAGCCGCAAGAUGUCGCGGGUGAGGAGGAGCUCGAAGAAGCAACGUCCACAUCCGAUGCGGAGCUGAGCAAGAAAGCGCGCAAAAAAGCAGCAAAGAAAGCGCGCAAGAAGGCGGAAAAGGCCGACCCUUCUCUGAAACAGAAACGGCGCAUCAAACCUGGUCAAGCGAUCCCGCAUCCUUCCGCCUCUUGGGCCCACCUACCUCACCCACCGCCCGAGCGUCCGCAGAAAAGACAGAAAAGGAGAGAGACGAUGCUGUAUAUGGACUGGGUGUGGGAGAAAUUGUACGGAAAGGAAGAUGGGAGCGCCUUGCCGGAUCGAGGGGUUUUUGAGGGGUACGCCGAGAAUAGGGGCAUCGUCGCUUCGAGGGAGGCAUUUUUGCGAUAUUUGAACAGCGAAGAGGGAAAGAAGAGGUUGGGCGAACUGGAUCCUGGUAGUGAGAGGAAGACUUUAGAGAGGGGAAAGAGGUCGAUGGAUGAAAGACCUUUUACGCAUACGGUCGUGGUGCCUGUUGCGGUGCCUGGGUGCGGCAAGACGAUCCUGAGCAUAGCGCUCGCAGACUUGCUCUCACAAACCGUCGCCGACUCGCAAACGGACGACAUGUCGAGCUCCACGAAGGGCGCUGCGCUCGACACUCCUCUGCGCGUCUCUCACGUCCAGGCGGACAACAUGACGACCAAGAAGACGGGCCCAGCUUUUUUGCAAGCUGUCACUGUAGAGUUGAAUGAGGGAAAGAAUGUCGUCAUUGCGGACAGGAACAAUCAUCUGUUGAAGCAUCGGCGAGAAUUGGUGGACGAGGUGCGAAAAUGGGAGGAGAAAGUGCACAAGACGAGCUUGGACAAAGCUCGGGGACAAGCUCAAAAGCAGAAGAAAAGGGGAUCUGCAGCUCCACUGGCUGCAAAGAAUGAUGUGCUCAGAGAUGAGAUCGCGGCACCGCGCGUCAGACUUGUGGCGCUUCCGUGGGACUUGGAUGAUCUAGCCCUCAAUGCGGUGCAUAGACUCUGCUCGGACAGGAUCACGCAAAGAGGAGAUAAUCAUCAGAGUUUGAGAGCGGACCCUCAAGGCGCGUCGGGAAGCAGCGAUCAUGAAGGUGUGCUCUGGAGAUUCUUGGAUGACUGGCAGAGCUUUCAAGCAGGGCCUUUGGACGAUACUGUGGCAGACGAGGCGGAUUUAGCUUUUGAUGAGAGCAUUCGUAUGGGCGUGGAUGCUGAGGAAGAAGGGAACUUGAAACAGGCUUUCGAGGCGAUCUCUCAGAUACUGGAAGUGAGGUUUGGGGAUGCGCAGCUUGGACCUGAAGGCAAGAGCAGGCGGAUUCACGAUGCGUUGAAGAGGGCGAAAGAGUACAAGGUGGACGUGCUCAAGCCUGCCAGGGCCAUACAUUCCCAAGUAGCUCGAAGCCAAGCGCCAAGCAAAGCUCCCCGAUACUACGGUAUAUCCGUCGAGCUCAACUCUUUCACGGCACUCAAGCAAAGAUUGGCGCGGCACGCUAGCACCUCCGCCUUGCAUGCCGAAGCGCUCGACAUGCUGGAAAAAUUGCAUAGGGACAAUAGGAUCGUAAAGACGCCUCAUAUCACCCUCGUGCACUCUUCCGACCUGCACAAGAACCAAGGAGCAGAGGAAAGCGCCAAGUCUGAAGCUGCGCGGAGAAAAUGGAAGAGGUACGAAGAGCUGUGCAGCGGCGGCGGCAGCGGCGGCGGCACUGGCUCUAGCGCCGGCGUUGCAGCGGACGCGCCGGACUCGCAGAGGAUACGGAAAUCGCCGCCGCCGCCUGAUUUCGAUAUCGUGCUCGAUCGAUUGGCUUGGCAGAGCGGAAGAGCGAUGGCUUUUGGAGUGUGCAAGGCGGGAAAAGGGAGACUUUUCAGUGCGGACAUGCCGGAUUUUGAAGAGGUGCAAUGCGGCUUGCGCAUAGCUUCGUCUGUCAUGAUGCCGGAAGAAAGGCGAGGGGACAAAGAAGAAGAUGGGGCGGGGAGGGCAAGCAGCAAGUCGACGACGACGACGACGAUCAUGCAGGACUGGACACCGCAUGUGACUGUCGGAACGGCCAACGAGAGCAUCAGACCUUUCGAAGCGCAUGCGGUGCUGAGAGAGGCGGAUGAGAAUGAAAAGAAGAAGGAGCGGAGAAGGGAGGAGAGGUGCAAAGUUUUGUAUUUGGGAGGAGAAGAGAGCAUCAGGAUCAGAGGCAGAUUGCAAGGAAUGAAUAGGUGAAUGCCAUCCAUGGUGGCCGUCGUCUUUUGCAUCCCCAUGCUUGGCGGUCGAGGGUGGUGGUCCCUUCAUGCGCCGUUUCACCUACCCUUUUGCCAGCGCGAGCUGUGUACGAAUCUUGUGGCGGUGCAAUGCAAAUCCCCCCUUUCCCGU